AUGGAUGGAGGCGGUGCUCUACAGGCAGCAGAAGGCAGGCAGCGGGCUGGGCAGGGCGGCUCCAGAGACCGCAGUCAGUGAGCGCAGCGGCGGAGAAACAUCCAGCUAGAGGAAGGGAGACAGACACGGAGGAGCAACACGAGAACUGCUGACGGGGUCACCGUGACACCGCCUGUGAACAGCGGGGAGACACACCGGCGUUUUUAUUCCAUGUAUUUUUAGACGCUGCUUCCCUGCUCCUGUCCCUCCAGCGUGAUCACCAUGACGGCUGAAGAAACCAUAAAUGUGAAGGAGGUGGAGAUCAUCAAGGUGAUCCUGGACUUCCUCCACUCCAGGAAGCUGCACAUCAGCAUGCUCGCUCUGGAAAAGGAGAGCGGCGUCAUCAAUGGCCUCUACUCAGACGACAUGUUGUUCCUCAGGCAGCUGAUCCUUGAUGGCCAGUGGGAUGAGGUCCUGCAGUUCAUCCAGCCUCUUGAGUGCAUGGACAAGUUUGACAGGAAAAGGUUUCGUUACAUCAUCCUGAAGCAGAAGUUUCUGGAGGCUCUGUGUGUGAAUAACGCCAUGUCCGCUGAGGACGAGCCACAGCAUAUGGAGUUCACCAUGCAGGAAGCGGUGAAGUGCCUCCACGCUCUGGAAGAGUUCUGCCCGUCCAAAGAUGACUACAGCAAACUGUGUCUGCUGCUAACGCUGCCUCGCCUCACAAACCACGCUGAGUUCAAGGACUGGAAUCCCAGCACAGCCAGAGUGCAGUGUUUUGAGGAGGCCUGCAACAUGGUGGCCGAGUUUAUUCCCGCAGACAGGAAGCUGAGUGAAGCCGGCUUUAAGGCCAGCGGGGAUCGCCUCUUUCAGCUGCUUCUCAAAGGAGUCCUGUACGAAUGCUGUGUGGAGUUCUGCCAGAGCAAGGCAACAGGCGAGGAGAUAACAGAGAGCGAGGUCCUUCUGGGUGUCGACAUGCUGUGCGGUAACGGCUGCGACGAUCUGGACCUGUCGCUGCUCUCCUGGAUGCAGAACCUCUCCCACAGCGUUUUCACCUGCGCCUUCGAACAGAAGCAGCUCAACAUCCACGUCGACCGCCUGGUCAAGCCGGCUAAGACCGGCUACGCCGACCUGCUCACCCCGCUCAUCAGCAAACUCUCCCCGUACCCUUCCUCUCCGCUUCGGCGCCCUCAGUCCGCAGACACCUACAUGACCCGGUCCUUGAACCCAGCCCUGGACGGGUUGUCCUACGGCUUGUCGGGCCAGGAUAAGAGGGCGAGUGGUGGGGAGAUUGUGCCAGGGAAAGGGGUCUCUCCCAUGUCUCACUCCUUUGCAAACUUCCACUAUCCAGGAGUGGGAGGACAGAACCUGAGCAGGAGUCUGAUGAUGGAAAGCUCCGACUGCCACAGCAUCUUCGAGGAAUCGCCCGAAACAUCCAGAACCGACACACCCGUAGAUAAGAUGUUGAGCUCUGGUGCGGCUCCGAACGCGCGGCCCGACUCGGCUCCGGGCGAGGACGCGCCGACGGCUGAAUCUGCUGAUAGGAAUGAGCUACGGGAGUCGACCGAGAAGUACGAGGAGUUUUACCGGCAGCGGCUGCGUGUGCAGCAGCACCUGGAGCAGAAGCAACAGCAGAGGCAGAUGUACCAGCAGAUGCUGCUGGAGGGAGGCGUGCAGCAGGACCCUCCGCCCAGCGACAUGCAGCACAGCCUCACCGAGAAGUUCCUGAACAGGUCCAUUCAGAAGCUGGAGGAGCUCAAUGUGGGAAUGGAGAACCUGGGAGACGAGGUGAAAUCUCUGACCCAGCAGUGCAACGGGAACGGGAACACGCCUGCCUCCGAGGACAACAACAACCCGCCAUCUGUGACCCCGGAGCAGAACCGGAGCCGCGGGGGAGGGGUGGUGAGCAGCACCCCGCAGCGCAGCGUAGGGGGCCGGGUCGUCCCGCCUCCAAAUGAGUCCCCUGUGCUCUCAGGUGGACAGAAACCGAAAGGUCAACCGAGCGACUCGCCUGGCUCUUUAACCCGGAGCAAAGAGGGCGAUAAAACAAAUGACCUGUUUGUACCAGUGCACAGUUUGGAGGACACUCAGGCCGUCCGAGCUGUUGCCUUUCACCCGUCUGGCGCUCUCUACGCCGUGGGAUCCAACUCCAAAACACUGCGAGUGUGCGCCUAUCCAGAAAAACUCAACUCGAGUGUGUCCAGUCCAACGAAGCAGCCGGUUGUUCGCUUCAAGAGGAACAAACACCACAAAGGCUCCAUCUACUGCGUGGCCUGGAGUCACUGCGGUCAGCUGCUGGCCACAGGCUCCAACGACAAAUAUGUCAAAGUCCUGCCGUUCAGCGCAGAGACGUGCAACGCCACAGGGCCGGACUUGGAGUUCAGCAUGCAUGACGGCACCAUCAGAGACCUGGCCUUCAUGGAGGGGCCAGAAAGUGGAGGGGCCAUCCUGAUCAGCGCCGGAGCCGGAGACUGCAACAUCUACACUACCGACUGCCAGAGGGGGCAAGGGCUGCACGCGCUCAGUGGACACACAGGUCACAUUUUGUCUCUGUACACCUGGGGAGGCUGGAUGAUUGCGUCGGGCUCCCAGGAUAAGACGGUGCGCUUCUGGGACCUCAGGGUGCCCAGCUGCGUGAGAGUUGUGGGAACUGCUUUCCACGGCUCAGGCAGUCCUGUCGCCUCUGUGGCGGUCGAUCCGAGCGGCCGUCUCCUAGCAACAGGACAGGAAGACAGCGCCUGCAUGCUGUACGACAUCAGAGGAGGACGGAUCGUCCAGGUGUACCGGCCCCACACGAGCGACGUCCGAUCGGUCAGAUUUUCCCCCGGAGCGCACUACCUGCUCACCGGUUCCUACGACACAAAGGUCAUGGUCACCAACCUUCAAGGUGACCUGACCAAGCAGCUGCCCCAGACUGUGGUGGGAGAGCACAGCGACAAGGUGAUUCAGUGUCGCUGGCACACGCAGGACCUGUCCUUCCUCUCAUCGUCCGCCGACCGCACCGUCACUUUGUGGAGACACAACCCCUAACAUGAAACUAGACGUAGAAGACGUGCACUAAAACGAUGCUUCCCUUCCUUUAUGAAUAGUCACAUCCCUGCUGCGUGCUCACACAAACUGCUAAAUCAACCUUUCCUUUCGACUCGUGAACCAAAUGGAUAAACAUCAGAAGCACAUGCUGCAUGUUCCUUAUCAUCCUAAGGGUUAAAAUAUUGGUUUGUUCUCCUUUCAAUUCCUGAACCCAUGUGAGUCAAUUUGUUUUCACUCUGCGCAAACACACACACACACACACACGUUUCCUUCUGCAUGUCCUUUUCACCGAGGAGUUGUUGGGGUUUAACGAGAUUCGAGUUUUUGUCCCUGAUGGUGCCUUCUCAGUCUCCAUAACUAAAACAAUGCUACGUUCAUUUAUAGAAUUCACUGUAAAGAAUUUGUACAUUCCUUCUCCUGCGUAUCGUUUCCCAACAGCUGCCGUAACGCUGCUAUCGUUGAGGUAGAGAAAAACCGAUGCAACACGUAAUAUUUCCGUCAGCCGCAAGCUCCUCGCAUCUGGUUCUGCAGAUAUUGUCGUACUGUCUGAGGUUGUCGCCACCAUCGAUGUACCCAACGCGUUGCCGCGGCCCAGAAUGUGUAAAUUAGCUGCCAAGUUGGUUUGAUUUGGAAUCGGUGUGUUGUUUUUAUGUCUUGCAGUGGCUUGCUUGCAACGAAGGACCUUUUUAAUAUUUCAGCAUCGAGGAGAUGUACAGUAUUCAGAUAUCGGUUGCACAUCCUGUCAUUCUUUUGAGCUUAGGUUUGUCUGCUGCUGCUGUUGUGGUGUAUUAACAGUAGGUGUCAGUCUUGGUCCAACCAUAUGCACAAUGACAUCUGGAUGGAAGUGAGGGUGCUUUUAAUAUUUAUUCGAAAACUUUAUUUGGGGCAUAUGCAUUGUUUUUAUAUAUAUAUUUUUUUUCAUUAACAUCGUCUUGUAGCAGUCAGAUUUACUUAAAAAUGCAUAUUUAAGUUUUUUGUUAUUCUAGAGUAUAUUGUUUUCUGAGAUGAGGCCAAACUAACAAACAUAGAUUUAUUUAUUUCAGUGUUUAUGUAUGUACAGUUAUUUGUUUUUGAAAUGCUAGUGGCUCUUAAAUUGAGCCUAAUUCUUGUUUUUAAAAGUAACUUAAAUGAACUGAAGCUUGAGGUCAAGUUACCGGUACAUUCAAUAAAGUGUCUUUUACAAAUAAAUAACAGGACUUCUACGGUGAUGUUUUUAUUUCUUAACUCAAACAUUUCAUACAAAAUAGCAAAGAUUCAUCGGUUUUUUUUUCUUAUUAGAUUUUUUUUUAUUUUUAUUUGAAAGUAUUUGGAAACUACCCAUAUAUACAAGCCUCUGUUUUCAUACAAAUUCAUUCACCAAUGUGAUCUUCAGAAGGUUAUUCAGAGACAGCAGUAAACAGAAAUGUAAAAAGGUACAAUAAAUACAAACAUAACUGCAGUUGUGUAUUGAAAAAUACACCAAGAUGAAAUGAAAUUCAUUCAUAAAGAGCCAUUCGAAAAAACAAAAAAAAAGGAGUCCAUAAAGCUCCUGCUGAAAUUGUUGGUGUGCAAGUUGUGCGAAACAAGUUGAUUUCUUCCUUAUUCUGUACAAUGUUUACAGUGCUUUGUUUCGUCCAAAAGGACAAAUGUAAUGAGACAAGAGUUGUACUUUGAGUUAGUCAUGUCGUAGUUCACAACUUCGUGAGAUU